GAAGCAUACACAGUGCAUAUAAAUAUAUAAAGAUCCUUUUUAAUUUGAAGGAAGAAAAAAUGAAUGAAAUGAAAUUUAAUAAAGAGGAUUUGGGACAGCUUAAAGAUGUUUUUUGUUACUUUGAUACGAAAAAAACGGGUUAUAUUACUUCAAAGCAACUUGCAACCAGCUUACGAUGUCUCAAACCAAAACCUCUAGAAAAAGAUGUGGAAGAAAUGGUUAUUUCUGUCAAUGAAGAAAAGAAGGGAAAAUUAAAUUUUGAUGAAUACUUGUUUGUGGUUAGCCAAGUAAUUAAAAAAGUCAAAAGGAGAAAUCGUAGCGUCAAAAGACAAGGAAGCUGCGAAAAAAAUAUCAGUGAAGCCCAACUUCAAGAUUUGAAAGAUUCUUUCGCUAUGUUUGACUUAAAUGGCGACGGUAAGAUAUCAAUGGAAGAGCUGGAUGUUGUGAUGAAAAAUUUGGGUCACGAAACAUCUAAAGAAGAAAUUGAUUCAUGUUUAAAAGAAAUUGAUUCAGAUUUAGACGGAGAACUUAGUUUCCAAGAAUUUAUCACCCUAAUGACUAGAAAACUGAGCAACAAAGCUGUUUCACAAGAACUUAAAGAGGUUUUUGAUUUUUUCGAUGAAGAUGGAAAUGGAUCUAUAAGUUCAGAUGAACUUCGCGAUAUCAUGCUUAAAUUUGGAGAGGAUUUAACCGAAGAAGAAAUAGCUGAAAUGAUUGUUGAAGCGGAUUUUAAUGGAGAUGGAAAUAUUGAUUAUCAAGAAUUUGUGAAAAUGAUGAGUUUUGUCACUUAAGAAGUCAAAAGUUUUCUUUUGAGAUGUCAAAGUUCCGUCUUACUUGUUAUCUAACUUCGUUAACGCUUUGUUCAAAGCUUUAUAUAUUUUUAACAAGUAUAUAUAUAUAUAUAUAUAUAUAUAUAU